AUGCCCGAUCAACCUUUCAACUUCCCACAAUGCGUCAUAAUCUUCUGGUUUCUCAUGCAGCAGGCAGACGAGCAUGACCGCUGGUUGGAAAGUAAGGGUCUCCCAAAGCGCUUUCAGAGCUCCCAGGGUGAAGCGGAGCGUUACAAAGGAUGGAUAUUCUGGACGUUUCUCAGGAGGCGCAAUGCCCGUGAGAUGAAAGAUGUUUUUACUUCACAAGGAUGGUCUGCCACGACCAAAAGAAGUGACCGUUGGUUUGGAUAUAAGCUCAAAGCUUGGGGUUGGCCGAGGCCACCCCAGGGCGAGCCACCGCAGAUCCUGGAAGCCUUCUUUAAAUUCCUUCUCGACCUCGUCCCCGCCACCGAGAUCGCUUUGAAUAGAGACGAUCCGAGACUUUCCGACUAUAUCAAAGUCGGCGGUUGGGCUAUGUUACCUAGGGUCAAUCUUGAUCACGAACCUACUUUCCGUGACUUCGAAGAUCAAGCCAUUGCGCUUCUUGGUGGCAACCAAGCCUUGUUAUCGCAAGAAACUGUGAACCCUUACGGGCCGGUGAAUAGUUUUAGUCCAAGUCCUGGUCCAAGUCUGCCAGCCAUUGCUCACCGAUCUCUCAAACGACUACCACCGACCUCCCCAGAACCACCAGGCUUCACGAACGUACCCACUCCUGAUCCCAAUGCACCCAACCACCCUUCAUAUUCUCAGCAAUCUGGAAAGCGGAAAACACAACCCAACGAAGUCUCAACCGCCAUCAAUCGUAGCAACCGACCCUUUGUGGCAAGUCAAGACACGGAUCAUCAGUCAACUUUGGGACACACUCAUUCCGCACAUAACCCAAGAGAAUCAGCAUUGAAGAACAUCGCGCAUGUUGGCUCUCAAGCGCUGAGCAAUUUCCCAUCCCAUCCCCUGAGGCAGCUUCAUCCUAGCCCGGAUUAUCGACGACACCAAAACAUUUCACCAUUAAUAGCCCGCUCCAAGCUGCCGCAACGGUCGCAGUCCGAAGGAGCGCAGGGUGGUAGUACUCAUCAGGCGGCACCUACUCCCAAGCGCCAAAAGGCGGACGCCUCCAGUCCCGCUUCCUUCGACGGUAGCAUCGCAACUUCGAGCAGCGCUUGGAGCCCAUACUCCCAAUCAUCUCCUUCCACCAGCAUGACCUCGGGUACACCAUUGCAAGCUUGGUCGGUGAGCUCAUCUCCCACGCCCUAUUCGCAUGGAACCAGACCAGGAAAGGAGCGCUCGGCACUUGAUAUCGAGGGGGAUACGGAAGUUCCCGAUCGACCGUCACUAAUGUCUCCUGGUGCCGUGGUGCAGUUAGAGCAGUUGGAAAGCGUUUCGGAAGCCUCCACAUCAGAUCGCCGUUCAAUCACUUCACGACACACUCUUCCACGUCGAGCUCUUGCAUAUGCUGACCCGCCCAUGGAAAGCCCAGACGAUGAAGCUGGCGGUCACACUCGAGGUGUUGCGAGUAUUGCCCAUGAGGCUAUUCAGGUGCAAGAUGUACAAACCAACGAUGCUCUUGUCGAGGCCGAGAAAGCAAGCAGCGAUAGCGGAUCUGAUAUCUCUAGUACGGCGACGACGGAUGAAGACGGAGACUCGCUUCUCGACUGUGAUGGAAGUCGUGCGAAUGCGGACGACCAUGAGUAUAUAUUGGGUAAGUUGAUGGUCGACGAUUUGAUUCGCCUGAGUUAG